UUUAUUUUCAUUUACGAGUUUCAUGGCUGACUUCUUUGAUUUAAGCGAGGAAAUCGUAAAAUUACAAGAUACCAUUUAUCCGAUUUCAAAUGAAUUGCCAAUUUCUAAUUUGGCUGCCACUGAAAUCGAAAGGUUGUUGAACGAUAUUGUUGACAAAAUAAGCGUGUAUUCUUAUGCGAUAGCAAAUGUGGAGCUUUUUAGUGUUUUAUGUAGUUUCAUAAAAAACUUUGAUUCAUUGAAACCUGCUACGUUAAAUCGUGUACUUGAUAUAAUCUUAUCAGGCUUAAAAAGCGAAUGUGCAAAUACGUCAGAUAGUUUAGAUGCUGAUGAUGAAAGCACUUACAGCAAACAUCGUGUUGCCUUGGAAAUUUAUGGAUUUUUUUUGUAUUGGUUUAUUAUUAAUGCAGAAGAUAAAGCAGUAUCUAAAAAUGAUGCAAAUGGAGGAAGUGGCGUGAGGACAAAGAGAGCAAGACAGCCUAAAUCAAAAACCACAUCAAAUAAUCACGAAGAUUGGGAUUGGUCUACUCAAAGAGAGGAAGUUCUAGCUUUAAUGACGAAGGUGUUGGAACUUAGAAUUAAAAAAAUCUGGACUUCAACUCAUGAAAUAGAGACUUUUGUCAGUUUAUUUACAAAAUCAGCAUAUCGAAUGUUGGAAAAUGUUACGAUGACUAAACCAUCUUCCAUAAAAUCCAUAAAAUCGCUCGUUUAUACAAUACUUUCAAUAUGUGUCAAAGAGCAUAAUCAUGCAUUUGGGGCACAAACUACAAUUAUUCAAAAUUUACAAUAUUAUGAACAUCUAUCUGAACCGAUGGCAGAAUUUCUUCAAGUUCUUAUUCAGCAAUAUGGUCAUACACAAUUAGCGGAAAAUACAUUAGGAGAAAUAAGUGAUAAGGAAUUUAAUAGCCAAGAUACAACCGGACCGAAGUCUUUUUCGAAAUUUCUUAUUAAAUUGUCUGCACUAGCACCAAAAGUAGUGAUUAAACAAAUCGGUCUUCUUAGAAAACAUUUAGAUAGUGAUUCGUAUACUAUGCGCUGUGGAUUGAUUGAAGUAAUUGGAAAUCUCAUCAAUGAUCUGGCACAACAGGAAGAUAAUGCACCAAAUAAUAUGCAUCAAGUUGGCGGGUUUUUUGAUAUUCUUGAUGAACGCUUUCUUGAUGUGAAUUCUUAUUGUCGUUCUAAAGUAUUACAAGUAUAUUUUAAAAUUUGGGACUUAAGAGUAAAAUUUCCAAAACGUCGGCAAAAAGUCGCAAAUCUGGCCAUUCGUUGUUUGGAGGAUAAGGCUAGUUUAGUCCGUAAAAAUGCUAUUAAGUUGUUGACUAAAUUAAUAUCAACACAUCCUUAUGGUAUUAUGCACGGAGGUGAAUUGUCUAUUAAAGAAUGGGAAAAGCGGUUAAAUAAAGCUGAAGAGGACUUGAAGGCAAUUCAACCACCUCAAGAACUUGUGGAAUUUGGUGCUGAAGCUCUCACGGAAAAUGACAAUGAAGAUACGAAUAGUGAAGUAGAGACUCUUGGUGAAGAUAUCGAAAUGAUGGAAGCAACAGCAACUCCUCAAUUAUCAUCAUCCGAUGAAAUUAUGAAAUUGCAUCUGAUAAAACGUUUUAAUGCGGACGCUGUUCGAUUCAUUCAUCAAAUUCAUACAGCAAUACCAACACUUUGCCAACUUCUUGCUUCUACCACAAAGUCGGAAGUGAUUGAGGGGAUUGAAUUCUUUGAAACGGCUCAAUUAUAUAAGAUUGAAAAAGCUGGUGAAGGAAUUAAAAAGAUGUUACAUUUAAUCUGGACAAAAGACAAUAAUGAUGAGGGCAAAAGUAUUAGAAAACGUCUGAUUGAAAGUUAUCGAAAAUUAUAUAUCGAUCCAGACACUUCGAUAUCAGAGAAAGAGAACGUAAAUAUAGUUACUAAAAAUCUGAUAAGUUUAACAUAUAACGCUACACUUGCUGAAUUGACGUCUCUUGAACAACUCCUAAGUACAAUUAUGGAAGAAGAAGAAGCUGUUAUAAGCGACAAUGUUAUCAACAGAUUAUGGUCCAUUUAUUCUACGGGGGAAAUAUCUAAAGAGCAAAGACGCGGUGCGAUCAUAGUACUUAAUAUGCUUGCAAAAGCUAAAAUGGAGAUCGUACAGGAAAAAAUCGAUUUACUUCUAAAGGUUGGACUUGGACAAUUUGGCAAAACAGACUUGGUUUUAGCAAAAUAUACUUGCAUUGCUUUACAACGUCUUUCCGGCAAUAAGACUAAAGUUAAAGGAGCUUUAUCCGAUAAUUCAAUACGUUUACCAAUGUCUCAUCAGAUUUUUCAAAGGCUAAAACAAAUUAUUGAAUUCCAGACAACAUCACAAGAAUGGUUUAGAGUUACUGAACAAGCUAUAAAUGCAAUAUAUUUGCUUGGAGAGCAUCCAGAUAUUUUAUGUGGUGACAUUAUUAAACGAAAAGCUACUUUAGUCUUUGAUCUUAAGAUACCUGAUAAUGAAAAUUACAUGGAAAUUGAUGAAGAAAGCCUUCUUACGAGCCAAGAGCCAUUCCUGGCAAAUCCACUCCAUUUAAGUCAACUUAUAUUUAUAGUUGGACAUGUAGCCAUUAAGCAAAUUGUUCAUUUGGAAGUAAUUGAAGCAGAGUGGAAAAGACGUAAAGCUGAAGCCGAAUCUAAAGAUAAAGAAAAAUCAGCAAAGAAUCCUGGGGAUGAUGAAUUAGAGCAGGUAGUUGGAACUACUGAAGAUGAGUAUGGGGAAGCAAUAGCACAAAUUCGCGAACAAGAAUUGUUAUUCGAUCCAAAUUCGUUGUUAGCAGUAUUUGGUCCUUUAAUUAUAAGCAUAUGCGCCAACAAUAAAACUUAUAAUCAUCAUAAUUUGCAAAUUGCUGCAACGCUUGCUUUAGCAAAAUUAAUGUGUGUGAGUUCAGGGUUUUGUGAAGACAAUUUGCAAUUACUUUUCACAAUUCUUGAAAGGUCAAAUGAACCUACAAUCCGUAGUAAUAUUAUUAUAGCUCUAGGCGACAUGACUGUGUGCUUUAAUAAUAUAAUUAAUGAAAACAUUAAUUAUAUUUAUAAUCGUCUUUCGGAUCCAGACAAUUUAGUUAAGAAAAACACAUUAAUGGUGCUCACUCAUUUAAUUCUUAACGGAAUGAUUAAGGUUAAGGGCCAAUUAGGAGAAAUGGCUAAAUGCUUAGAAGAUAGUGAGCAAAGGAUCAGUGAUCUUGCAAAACUAUUUUUCACUGAACUCGCAUCAAAAGACAAUGCGGUAUAUAAUAAUUUACCGGAUAUAAUCAGUAAUCUUUCUAGUGGUGAAAAUACGGUCAACGAAGAAUCAUUUAAGAAAAUUAUGAAAUUUUUAUUUGAUUUUAUUGAAAAGGAAAAACAAACAGAAAAUGUGGUGGAGAAGUUAUGUCAAAGAUUUAAAAAUCUUGAUGAUAGAAGACAGUGGCGUGACAUUGCUUAUUGUCUUUCAUUACUUCCUUACAAGACCGAAAAAAGUUUCAAAAAGUUAACCGAAGGGUUAGCACAUUACCAGGAUAAAUUAAAUGAAAAUGAUGUGUACAAAUACUUUACAGAAAUCAUAGGAAAGGCAAAAGCAGUUAAAGGGCAAAGACCGGAAAUGAAACAAAUUAUCGAAGAAUUUGAAGUAAAAAUUGAAGAUCAUAGGAAGCGAAGUCAAGAACAAGAAGAGACAAUGCAAAAAGCGGCCGAAGCGGCACAAAAGACUAAAAAGUCAAGUAAAUCAACAAGAUCCUCAAGAUCCUCAGGAUCCUCAAGAUCUACAAGAUCUACAGGAUCUACAAAAUCUACAAGAUCUUCCAGAGGUUCAAGUACCUCUACGCUUGACCAUUAGGUUCAACCUUUUUGCAAAAAUAAAAAUAUAUUGUGUUUGUUAUCUCAGUAUUCUAGACUUGUAAUUAUCGGAAUUAUAGAUCACUAAUUAUUUUCAUUAACCAAAGGUUACUCGUUACUAAGAUUAAUAAAGUUAAAGUCCGCAGAAAAAUGUAAUGCUCA